GAGAAAGGCACACCGCUGUCUUCACCAGGCUUUUGUUUUGGCAGUUAAACACCACUCUACAAUCACCAAAUCGUAGACACCUGUCACCAGAAUUUCCUGCUUUCUGUUGGAGGAGCCAUCUCAACUGUCACAUUGUGUUUUUUUUUUGUUCUCGCACUGAAAAAUAAGAGACUCCUGGCACCAAAGCUGGUGUUGUCUGGAGUGCAUCAGAGGUGGCACUGAAGCGUGACAUGAAUACCAGGCGACAGAGAGCCUAGAAAUCAGAGAGCCUAGGAAUCCUCCAGGAACCUGGGGGAAAGAGAGAGAGAGAGAGAGAUAAAAAAGAAAGGAAGCAAAAAAAAAGGGACAGAGGAGAGGAACGAGAAAGAGAAAGAAAAUGAUGUUUCACUCUAACACCUUGCCCCCUGUGAGGAAACGUCCUCGGCCUGAGGGCUUCGAUGUGCAGCAUCACCAGGAGGUGAAGUUUGCCACGGUGACCCUGUUCAUCGUGGAGAGGAGGAUGGGCUGCAGCAGGAGAAGCUUCCUCACCAGCCUGGCCAGAUCAAAGGGCUUCAGUGUGGACGACGUCCUCAGCACUAAGGUGACCCACGUCAUAUCAGAGGGGAACCAAGCCAGUGAGCUGUGGACCUGGCUGCGCGCCCAGACUGCCCCCCCGGUCGCGGACACGGAGGUGCUGGACAUCAGCUGGUUCACGGAGAGCAUGAGGGCGGGCGGGCCGGUUGUGGUGGAGAGCAGGCAUCGUAUCCAGGAUCCUUCUUCCCAGUUUCGAGUGGGUUUGCCAAGCACUUCAGAGUCGACUGUGUCUCAGUACGCUUGUCAGCGGAGGACAACCCUGGACAAUCCCAACAAGAUCUUCACGGAUGCUUUUGAAGUGUUGGCAGAGAACUCGGACUUCUGCGACAGCAAAGGUCAGGCUCUGGCCUACAAGCGGGCCGCCUCGGUUCUGAAGAGUCUGCCCGCCGCGCUGCGUUGCCUAGGUGACACAGAGGGGCUGCCCUGCCUCGGGGAGCAGACCAGGGCCGUGGUGGAGGAUAUCUUUGAGUGUGGCAGAUCCUCCAAAGUUGAAACCAUACUGAGCGAUGAGAAAUUCCAAACAAUGAAGCUUUUCACAAGUGUGUUUGGCGUGGGGCCCAAGACGGCGGAGAAGUGGUACCUGCGAGGCCUUCGCACGCUGGAGGAGAUCGUCUCCGAGCCACACGUCCACCUGAACAGAAUGCAGCAGGCAGGUUUCCUUUACUAUGCUGACAUCACCAGACCAGUCUCCAAAGCUGAGGCCCAUGCAGUCGGGCGCAUCGUCAAGGAGACCGUUCAAGAAAUGUCACCUAAUGCUUCUGUGGUCCUUACAGGAGGCUUCCGCAGGGGGAAGGAGUUUGGCCAUGACGUGGACUACAUAUUGACCACACCUGAGAUGGGGACCGAAGAGGGGCUGUUGCUCCGGGUGAUAGACAGACUCAACUACCAAGGCAUUCUGCUGUACACGGAGUACCAGGGCUCCACCUUCGACGCGAACCGUUUGCCCUGCCGCAGGUUCGAGGCCAUGGACCACUUCCCCAAAUGCUUCCUGAUCAUCCAGCUGCAUGCCGCAGCGAUCCAGGAUGGCACUCUGUCAUGUGACCCGGGCGACCGCAGGGGUUGGAGGGCGGUGCGUCUGGAUCUGGUGGCUCCGCCCGCUGACCGAUUUGCCUUUGCACUCCUGGGCUGGUCAGGAUCCACGCAGUUUGAGCGAGACCUGAGACGGUUCGCCCGGUUGGAGAGGGGGAUGUUGCUGGACAACCACGCCCUGUAUGACAAAAGCAAGGAUGCGUUUUUGCCGGCCAAAACCGAGGAGGAUAUCUUUGGCCAUCUGGGGCUGGAGUACAUCGAACCUUGGCAGCGCAACGCGUAGAACGCUGCCAUUCAUCCGCCGCCCUCGCUACGCCCACUGGUGCUGCUUGUUGUGCGCUUGCGAACGAGCCCAAACUGCUUCGGCCGCCAUCUCACCUCCAUGUUAUGCAGCUUUGGUUUGUCCGAUCUGGCAGAUGCACUCUCAUCAAGCCUUAUUGUUUUCCUGCAAAACGUGUAAACAGCUGUUUAUCUCCUCGACGCUCCGUUCAUGCUGUCGUUAUGUUCACAACUGUGAGGACGUAGAGACGUAGCAAGGGAAUGCCAAAAGAGAGGGGAGAUU